AUGUCGUUCGGCGAGAGGGACAUGAACAAGGAGAGCAUGUAUCAGGAGCGCGAGGACAUGUCCGGGAUACGGUUCACGACGCCGCCGCCGUCGCAGCAUCAGCAGCUGGAGUGCUUCUCCGACGAGGUGGACAGCCGUGGGAGUGGGGAGAUGAAGGAGACCGUGGGGACGGGGGGCCAGCUGGUGGUUGUUGGUGCAGGAGGGGAUGGUGCGAGCAUCGAGGUGGCGAAGAAGCGGCGGGGGCGGCCGCCGGGGUCCAAGAACAAGCCGAAGCCGCCGGUGGUGAUCACGCGUGAGGCGGAGCCGGCGGCGGCGAUGCGGCCGCACGUGAUCGAGAUCCCCGGCGGGCGGGACGUCGCGGAGGCGCUCGCGCGGUUCUCGAGCCGUCGGAACCUCGGGAUCUGCGUGCUCGCCGGCACCGGCGUGGUCGCUAACGUGUCGCUGCGCCACCCGUCCCCCGGGGUCCCAGGCUCAGCUCCGGCGGCGAUCGUCUUCCAUGGCCGGUACGAGAUCCUCUCCUUGUCGGCCACGUUCCUGCCCCCGGCCAUGUCCUCCGUGGCGCCACAGGCCGCGGUCGCCGCCGCAGGCCUCUCCAUCUCGCUCGCGGGCCCCCACGGCCAGAUCGUCGGCGGCGCCGUAGCGGGCCCGCUCUACGCCGCGACCACCGUCGUGGUCGUCGCCGCCGCCUUCACCAACCCUACCUUCCACCGCCUCCCCGCCGAUGACGACGCGUCUGUGUCCGUCUCCGUGUCACUCUCCGGCAGCGGCGACGCGGACGAACACCGGGGCCACGGCCACCAGCACAAGCCGGAGCCGCAAGAACCGCGUCAAUUUCGACGGCCGCCACCACACCUGGCGACACCAGCCGCCGUCGCCGCCUCUGCACCGCAGCCGGUGGAGCCAUGCGGCGCGCCCAUCUACGCCUGCCACCCUCACCCACAGGAAGUGAUGUGGCCACCGCCGCCUCGUACGCCGCACCCACCACCACCACCACCACCCUACUAA